AUGAAUCGUAUUGUGAAAGAUCCUACAUUUACACUCGAUUUUUUGGACAAAAUAAGUCAUAAUGGUGGUGGUCUUCGCUGGGAAUGUAUUCAAAAUGAAGAAGCAAAACGUAUUAUUGUACAAGAAUAUCAUGAAUAUCUCUAUGGUCAAGAGUUAGUCGUGUUAAAUCAUAAAACAUGUGAAUAUUUGAUCGAACGUCUUACUGUAGAUCGAUUAUUAUCAUCGUCAUCCGAAACAGUUAAUCUUUUUGAUUAUUUCGGUGAGAUUAUCUUUGAUACGGCAGUUACAGUUCUCUACGGUGAAACAUUUGCUCGAUCUCAACCGGACAUCUAUUCUUCAUGUCGAACUUUUGAAGCGGUCAUUGGCACAAUGAUGCUCGAUAUACCGUUCAAAUCAUUUUUUCUUCGUUCAACUAUUCGUCAACGUAAUCAAUUUAUUGAACGAUUUCUGGAUUUGAAACCCAAUGAUGAUAUGAGUAAAUUUAUACUCGCUCGAAUCGAAUCAAUGGCAAAUCUCGAUGACGGACGAGUCUUCAACGAAUGGGAUAGAGCAGGACAACAUGCGCUACUUCUCUGGGCUGCUAUCAUUAAUACAGGAUCAUUGGCUUGUUGGGCUCUUGUCGAUCUACUUUUGCAUCAUGAUGCUCUCGAAGCAGUGAAUCAUGAAUUAAAUACUACAGUCAAAAAUCUCACAUCACUAUACAAUAAAGAAACUCUUGAUGAGUUACGUAUAUUGGAUAGUUGUAUUCAUGAGACAAUGCGACGUGUAUCACCAUCGGUGACACAACGACAGGCUGGUCAAAAUGUUAUUGUGACAUGUACGGAUGGCACACAGAUCGGUAUAAGAAAAAAUGAUAUUGUUGUCUAUCCCGCUAUUCUGAAACAUUUUGAUUCGGAGAUCUAUGAUCAUCCUUACGAGUAUCAUUAUGAUCGUUUUAUCAAACAACAAUCGAAAGUAUUGCCAUUAAUUUUGUUCGGCAUGGGAUCACGAAUGUGUCCUGGUCGAUAUUGGGCUAUCAACGAAAUUAAAUUAUUCCUUGCUAUUGUCCUGAUCAAACUAGAUAUUCAAUUACUAAUGGAUGAUGACUAUAAACAAAAGAUGCGCACACGGCUCGAUUUUCAAUUGAGCAAUUUUUUUGCCAAUUUAGGUCCUCAUGAAAAAGAUAAACAUCAAUUUCGUAUACGAUAUUCGAUGAAAAAAUAA